AUGUACAACGGUAUAGGAUUAACCACUCCCCGUGGCAGCGGCACAAAUGGCUAUGUCAUGCGUAAUCUCUCGGCACUUCGUGUGCACGAGACAGCCGCAGAUCGAGCUGCUGCCUGGGACGUAGCUCCCCCAAAGCAUAGGGAACCGGACGAAGCUAUUUUGGAACACGAGAGAAAGAGAAAAGUUGAAGUUAAAUGUCUGGAGCUGCAAUUGCAGCUAGAGGACGAUGGUCUGGAUGAAGGAACCAUCGAAACGCGAGUUGACGAGCUUCGUACAACUUUGAACAAGGAUUUAGCGUCACUCGCUCCGUCCGCGAAAAAAUUGAAACCAUCUGAUACGCAUGGUAUUGCAGCUGCCAAAAAGGCUGAACUCGACAGAAUGGCCCGAGCACUGGGCACGAGAAGUAACUACACGGAGGGCGAUGCAUUUGACCGAGAGAAGCAAGAAGAAAACAAGAUGCGUCGUAUGGUUGAGCGGGAGGAGCGCGAGAAGAAACGUGAGGAAGACAAGUUGAAAUGGCUGGAGCAAAAGCAGAAGUGGGAGGCAGAAAAGAAGGAACGUGACCGCUUGCGUCGGAGGGAGGAAGAUAGGAUAAGGAGAGAGAAAGAGGAGAACGGCCGAAGGAAAGAGAGAAUGCUUCCUCCCGUUCCUGCAUUUAGGGAUCGACCAAGAGAUCAUCGUGGAGAGCGUGACCGCAGGAGCCGAAGCCCCCGACGUGAAAGAGAUGUUCGACGCCGCAGGUCACCUUCUCGAUCUCCUCCGCCUCGUCGGCGUUCUCCGUCUCCUGUGCAAUCCAAAAGGUCUCGUUCCCCCGACCGAGCAGGAUAUAGGCGUUCUGGAUCUGUUACACCGCCGUCGAGGCGAUCACCACUUCCCGUACUUUCCCAUCGCUCGCGUGAGCGUUCAGAAUCACCUCCUCGUCGUGGCCGUGAUCGCUCAGGAACACCACCUCGCCGACGUGGGUGGGAUAGGUCAGAAUCUCCACCUCGGAAAGAACGCGACCUCUCACCACCUCCUCUUCGUAAUGGAGGCGACCAAGAUCGUGAAAGAAAUGCCUCUCAAUCACCGCGACCGACAGGACGUAGUCGCUCAGCUUCUUCGAAUUCAUCCAUGUCUGUAAGCACGGGACGCAGCCGCUCCAGAGAUUAA